GAACUCACCCUUGAGGGUUUAACAUUCCUUCUCCGCUACUUAGCCAUACAGUGGAAUUCCACAGCCGCCUACAAAUUGAGAAGUACCCGAUGGAACGAGAAUCCAAUAAAUGCUCGGCUAGACAGUGGUGGCGUUUGUACCAGAUGCUGCGAUAAUUCCUUCCUCGCACUAAAGAGGAGGGACGGCGGGAGAGGCGGAGAGUAAGUUGCACAACACUUCUUCGUCUAGUGGAACGCCCCAGGGAAGGGAAAGAACAGAUUCACUAAGCACGAACGAGGAGAAGCCUAAAAUAAGGACCAGGUUUGGAACAGAGUAAUGGUGGAUAUGUCUAAUCUAGGACAAAGUAUUUUUAAUUAUCUCUGAUGUGGUUAGGUUUGCAAACGUGUAUGAAGUAAGUCGCUGCAAACUAGGAGAAACUUAAAUUUUCCGAUAUAAAUCCAUAUGAGACUAGCAAACCCAAUAGAGUUUAAUAUGUAUCCCACAUGCGCACUGGGCCAGUUUCAGAUCGUUAUUAACGGUAAAAUCAUGUAUGAUUCUGUGUUCCAAAAUUCUUAGGUAACGUAAGUUUUUAUUUCCCAUAAGCCAUAAUUACACUCUUCUCUAUUGCUGGUUGUUUUCCUCGCAGAGCUCGGCUGCAAGCUGCCAGUCAAGGCCACCCAGUUUAUUUCAUGAAAAUGCCAAAUAAAGGGAGUAUCAGCUCUUGUCACCCAGAUGAAGAAUCUAAACAACACAGCGAAAAAUUCCUUCGCUACAGCUGUUUCAACCAGAAAUAUAUUGUUCCAAAGAUGUUUUAUUUCUUUUACUUUGCUGGACUUGGCGCCAUACUGCCAUUUUUGCCCUUGUUCUAUAAACAAUUAGGUCUACCGGCCAAACAGGCCGGAAUCAUUUCCGGUAUUCAACCAUUCAUAUCGUUCGUAUUUACCCCAAUGUGGGGAGCGUUAUCGGACAAGACCAAGAGGGGAAAACUGGUAUUCGUGAUUUCGUUCAUUGCUUCAGUAGCUGUUGGAAUAGCUUUUCUGCUAACUCCAAUGCCAACAUGCAAACACAAAAUGAGAGGAGACAUUCAUCGGGAAUCAACAUCUGCGAGAAAUCAGUCUGUUAUUAAAAACAUGUAUCAGUUGAUAUCAGAAUCACAGAAUGUUUACCGAUGGUCAAUAGGAAGGGAAGAACAGAAUGAUUUUCUUGUACUCAGUGACGAGCAAGCCGGUCGCCAGAACAAAUUCGAUGUAUUUUUAUACCUGCUGUUAGUCAGUUUAUUUGGUACACUAUUCUCGUGCCCAGGCCUUGCUCUUGGUGAUGCUGCUGCUGUAUGCCUCUUGCGGAGUAACAACGAUAUACAUCAGUAUGGAAAACAGAAAAGAUGGGCCUCAAUAGGGUGGGGUUUGGCUGCGUUUAGUUUCGGUGCAAUGGUGAGUGACAAAUAUUUGUGUCCGUUGGUACCUGGACAAAAAAGAACUAUUGACUACAGUUUAUGUUUUUGUGGCUCCAUUUCAUUGAAGCUUUUAGCUCUUUUUUCAGGGCUUCGGCUUGAUUUCGGUUUAAACGGUACAGAUAGUACUGAUGACACGGUAAGGGAAAAGCACAUUGGUGUUAUGGCAGCGUUAGAAGCAGUGAGUCGUCCUCGUUACUUGGCAUUCUUUGUAAUUGUUCUUUACAGUGGAAUGACUUUUGGCAUGAUCAUGGGAUUCCUUUUUUGGCAUUUGGAAGACUGUUCUUCCCCACAGAUAAUGUUUAGCAUAAUACCUGUUGUGAGAUGUAUUGCAGACGUCAUAGUGUACUCAGUGUCCCCUCACGUUAUAACUAAAAUAGGUGUGCAUAAUUUGCUAUACCUUGUGUUGGCGUCUUAUGUGGUGCGAUUGACAAGUUAUGUACUCAUUACCAAUCCGUGGUGUUACCUUGCCCUUGAAGUUUUGUCAGGAUUAACUUCUGCAGGAGGCUGGGCGGGAUUUGUGACGUAUAUUGCAUAUAACUCCGUGGAAGGAGCCCCUGCCACUUUACAAGGUGAAAACUUGCAUUUCUGACCCCUGAGUUAUGUGUUUUAAGAAGUACGUACACUUUUAGAGCUAAAAUAUAUACCAGUGACCUGUCUUGAUAAAAAUAUAUACCAGUAGCCUGCCUUGAUAAAGAGCGAUUCUGGUAGUACCAGUAAAUAGGGGCUUCAACAAAAUAGUUGUCAGUUUAUAAAACCUGCGAGGAAAUGCAAAAUGAAGCAAAGUAUGGUUUAACUUGGUUUUGACGUGAAGCGACGUUCCCUUCUUUACAAGUCUGUUGUUCCAUUUUAAACCAGUCAUAAACUACAUCUGUUGAUAAGCAUUUCUAAUUCUUCAGUAAAUUUGAAUUGUUGUUUAAAAAACAAGGACUUUAGACAAACGACCUAUGGAAGCUUUCUAUCCUCAAUUCACGGGGGCCAUGUUGCUUUUCUCAACAGGUAUGCUCCACGGUGUGUAUCAUGGAGUAGGUCAUGGACUAGGGCGAGUAAUAGGAGGUUUUCUCUUCAGUAGCUAUGGAGCUCAAGUAACAUUCUCUAUAUUUGGUGGCCUCGGGUUAAUUAUGCUAUUAAUGUUUGGGUCAGUUAACAAAAUAUUCGAAGAUAAAUCAAAUGAUCAAAGUUAG